AUGUCGCUGCUCAGCUCUCACUUAGAGCAGAUUACGCUCUCUUCCAAUGCCAUUGCAGAUAUGCCGUUCCCUCCUCCACGUAUUUUCACUACUGCACUGUUGGGUUCCCACGACAUCACAGCCUUGAUCCGUGAUACUGAGCCCUAUGAACGAGCACUUUUCCAGGUUGAUCCCUCUGCUAAGGUUCAUGGGCCACAAAGACGCGCUACACGACGCGGGACUAUGUUCCCCAUUGAGACAGAAAGGGAGUCAAUGGCAAGUCGUAUCUAUUUGGCGCGGGAUAACCGUAACCGGUCUGCAGUGGCAAGAGUACUGGGACAUGAUAUGAUGGAAGUGAUCAAGCGAUCAGCGGGUACUUCAAGUAAAGGCCCCCAGGGGGAGGUCAACAUUGAAGCGCUCCUUCGAGGCGCCGAGAUCCUGUGCAAUGUUUAUCCUGUUGCUGGUGCACAGGAAAAGAUUGCCAACAUUCGCUAUCGGUAUGAGAUGAUCAGUGAGUCCAUAGCGCAAUUGGAAGGCCGGGUUGCAAGGAACACUGUGGAACUGGAUCAGAUGAGAUUGUCUUAUGGAGAUGAUGAGGAUAAUUUUCCCCUUCCACCGGUGACAGAACCAGAGAUUCCAGGGGUCACUGAUGAGGAUAUUGAGCAAGAGUUGGCAGAAAUCCGACACUUAGAGCAGAGGAAGCGAAGAUUAGAAGAACGGGUUACGGGCAUGGAUCGAGAUCUGGGUGGUUUGAUAGGCUGA